CAUUUGCUGGCGACACUGCACGGAACGUGUGUGUGUGAGUAUGAUGAGAAGAAAAGCACUGAGGUGAGGAGCUGUGUGAAAGUUGCCCGAAAUCCUGAGGACCGCCCUCUGCCGGCACACAUCAGUCCUGAGGACCGCCCUCUGCCGGCACACGUCAGUCCUGAGGACCGCCCUCCACUAGCACACGUCAGUCCUAAAGACCGCCCUCUGCCGGCACACAUCAGUCCUGAGGACCGCCCUCUGCCGGCACACGUCAGUCCUGAGGACCGCCCUCUGCCGGCACACGUCAGUCCUGAGGACCGCCCUCUGCCGGCACACGUCAGUCCUGAGGACCGCCCUCCACUAACACACGUCAGUCCUGAGGACCGCCCUCUGCCGGCACACGUCAGUCCUGAGGACCGCCCUCUGCCGGCACACGUCAGUCCUGAGGACCGCCCUCCACUAACACACGUCAGUCCUGAGGACCGCCCUCCACUAGCACACGUCAGUCCUGAGGACCGCCCUCCACUAACACACGUCAGUCCUGAGGACCGCCCUCCACUAACACACGUCAGUCCUGAGGACCGCCCUCCACUAACACACGUCAGUCCUGAGGACCGCCCUCCACUAGCACACGUCAGUCCUGAGGACCGCCCUCCACUAUCACACGUCAGUCCUGAGGACCGCCCUCCACUAACACACGUCAGUCCUGAGGACCGCCCUCCACUAACACACGUCAGUCCUGAGGACCGCCCUCCACUAGCACACGUCAGUCCUGAGGACCGCCCUCCACUAACACACGUCAGUCCUGAGGACCGCCCUCCACUAGCACACGUCAGUCCUGAGGACCGCCCUCCACUAACACACGUCAGUCCUGAGGACCGCCCUCCACUAACACACGUCAGUCCUGAGGACCGCCCUCCAUUAACACACGUCAGUCCUGAGGACCGCCCUCCACUAGCACACGUCAGUCCUGAGGACCGCCCUCCACUAACACACGUCAGUCCUGAGGACCGCCCUCCACUAGCACACGUCAGUCCUGAGGACCGCCCUCCACUAACACACGUCAGUCCUGAGGACCGCCCUCCACUAACACACGUCAGUCCUGAGGACCGCCCUCCAUUAACACACGUCAGUCCUGAGGACCGCCCUCCACUAACACACGUCAGUCCUGAGGACCGCCCUCCACUAACACACGUCAGUCCUGAGGACCGCCCUCCACUAACACACGUCAGUCCUGAGGACCGCCCUCCACUAACACACGUCAGUCCUGAGGACCGCCCUCCACUAACACACGUCAGUCCUGAGGACCGCCCUCCACUAGCACACGUCAGUCCUGAGGACCGCCCUCCACUAGCACACGUCAGUCCUGAGGACCGCCCUCUGCCGGCACACAUUAGUCCUGAGGUCCGCCCUCUGCCGGCACACGUCAGUCCUGAGGACCGCCCUCCACUAGCACACGUCAGUCCUGAGGACCGCCCUCUGCCGGCACACGUGAGUCCUGAGGACCGCCCUCUGCCGGCACACGUCAGUCCUGAGGACCGCCCUUUGCCGGCACAUAUCAGUCCAGGGAUUUGUAUGCCACUCUUAAGAGUGCACUAAACAUGUACAUAUGCCACUCUUAAGAGUGCACUAAACACUUGUUACUGCCCUUCAUCUGGUGCCUCAGCUAGUCUCCUUGUAUGUUAAUGUGUGAAGUGUGCACACGUAUGUCGCCAGUUCGCUGUUCCUCUCUGCCUUACUGAGAUUCUCUUUUCAUCAGAUUUUGUGUUGUUGCUAUUGUGUUUUUGUGGGGCUUUUUGGCUCACA